UCCCCCCUCCUGGCAUCGGUGCGCAUCAUGGCACCUUUCAGUGCUCAAACGAAUGCAAUAAUCGACUGUGUCAUUGACGCCCUACGCGACCCGCUUAGACCCAGAUACUGCGCCCGAUUCUACGCCGACGCCAUCGUCAGUCUCGAAGACACAGACGACGACUAUAUCGACGAAGAAGAAAGGAAAGGGCACCUUAUCCACAGCUCGCUGCACAGACGCGUCCGGCGGCAUAGGCACGACCUCCUCGACUGCCUCUGGAGGUUCCUCACAGUCUUGCGCCCUGUGGACGCGAUUCAUACACUGGGGGACGGGAUGCAUGAGUGCCGAUGCUAUGAAGGCCAGCUUUCGCGCUCAUGGAAGUGGAUGCACGCGCCACAGGGCCGCGAUCUAUUUCUGCGCGAUGCGUACAUGGUCAUCAUCGAGUUCGUGGGCCAUGUCUUGCGCCUGGCGCCGGACAACUACUGGAAAUCUGAGCGACGAGCCGCGCGCGCGAUAGCUCAAGGAUCCGUCCCACGCUGGCCAGCACACGUCCGCACACUCCUGGGCCCGGAUCCCGACGUCACCAUGACCGCGCUCAGUCGGUGGACCGCGGCGUAUCAAGGCCCGGUCGCCCACUUCGAGCUCCUCGCGGAGAUCUCGCGCAUAUGUGGGCGCGCUGCAGCGAUUGUCAUGCUCCGCUGUACACACCUGCCUCGUGCACUCGCGGACGCGGUCGAGCGCAACCUUUCCAUGCUCGAAAAAGGCCUCACGGUCAACAAGCUGCGCUAUGUCAUGCCCUGUUUUCGCUGGUGGCACCUCACGUUCCGCUACCCGGAUGGGAUGUCCACAGCCUACUUUUGCGGCGACCAGGGCGUGCGCAUCGUAGGUUUGAUGGAUCGACUGACACGGCUGUGGCCCAGGGUCGAGCGCUUGCCCGGGAUCGCGAGGGAGGAGCUCAGGCCGUACGUGAUGUUCAUCCUGGAGGCCGGCACUAUACACUCGUCCCUGGACCUGCCCUACGACACGGCAGUGUAUCAUCCGGACGUCCUCUCGAGAUCACGCAGUAUCCGCAGGUUGCGAGAGGAGGACGAUAUUUAUGUCGAUAUGCACCUCUUCAUGCGCUCGCAGCGAAAGGUGGACUUUUGCGGGUUCCCCCCUUGCAUGUCGACCUUCUGUGGCGAAGGGCGACGCUUCAAAUACUGUAGUGGGUGUAAACGAUUCCCUUAUUGCUCAGUCGACUGUCAAAAGAAGCAUUGGCGCUGGGAGCGAAGUCCUCAUAAAGAUUUAUGUGCCGACUUGCGGUACCUAGCCGAGAAGCUAGGAUAUCCUUCCGUAACUAGCAAUGAAGAGCGCCACCCUGACUUCGAAGACGAAGAUGUCCCGACCCUCUGCGAGACGAAUAAGGUCGAUCUUGAAGCCGUCAAGAGGGUAGCUAAGUAUGAUCAGGAAGAAAGGCUCAUACAGCGAGAAAUCUACGGAGGUAGCGCGGACGCUACAAGUUAUGUCAAUUUACUGUCAUGAACUUCGAUGCUCCCCUUGCGAACAUGCAUCACCACUCACGCGCUCAGGGAUGGGGGAGUC